UUUGGCAACACGCUCGGAAGCCCGGCAAGAAGGGGCACCACGUUCGCGCGGCAGCUGGAAAAAGUGCAGGUGCCCCAGUUCUUGCGUCCCCUGAGCCCAGAACGCGGGUGCGGCGCGGUCGGGCAGAGCCCGGGGCUUCCCCCCCCCCCGCCCCCGGAUUGGAAACGGCGGAAACAGGGGGCGGGGCCGAGGCGGGCGUAGGGGGCGGAGCCACGGCGGCGGCUAUGUCCUUGUAGCGCGUCUCGGGACACGAGUUCAGCCGGUCGGUCCGAGCAGCCCGGCGGCUGGAAUUCUGAGGGUCCAGCGGGCGGCGAUCACCAUGUUGUGCAGGGCGGCGUGCAGCUCGAGCAGGAAUCUGGUGCCGGCUUUGGGGGUCCUGGGUUCCCGGCAGAAGCACACCCUCCCCGACCUGCCGUACGACUAUGGCGCCCUGGAGCCGCACAUCAACGCCCAGAUCAUGCAACUGCACCACAGCAAGCACCACGCGGCCUACGUGAACAACCUGAACGUCGUGGAGGAGAAGUACCAGGAGGCGCUGAAAAAGGGUGAUGUUACAGCUCAGGUAGCUCUGCAGCCUGCAUUGAAGUUCAACGGUGGAGGCCACAUCAAUCAUAGCAUUUUCUGGACAAAUCUGAGCCCUAACGGUGGCGGGGAACCCAAAGGGGAAUUGCUGGAAGCCAUCAAACGCGACUUUGGUUCCUUCGAAAAAUUCAAGGAGAAGUUGACCGCUGUAUCUGUCGGCGUCCAAGGCUCAGGCUGGGGUUGGCUCGGUUUCAACAAGGAGCAGGGCCGCUUGCAGAUUGCCGCUUGUUCUAACCAGGAUCCCCUGCAAGGAACAACAGGUCUGGUUCCGCUGCUGGGGAUCGACGUGUGGGAGCAUGCGUAUUACCUUCAGUAUAAAAACGUCAGACCUGAUUACCUGAAAGCUAUUUGGAAUGUAAUCAACUGGGAGAAUGUAACUGAGCGAUACACCGCUUGCAAAAAGUAAAACAGCAGCCUCACACCGAGUACAUCAAGCUCUUUGGGGCUGUUUUUGUAGGAGCGCCGAAUACCGCAGGGUACCAAUAAGCUGCUCUAUUGUAGUGUUUCUGAAUGCGGCUUGUUCAGGUAUUUGAUAAACACAAUGUAGUGCCAUGAAGAAUUUCUUUUAAAAUUUGAUUAUUAGGCAACUGUUUGAAAAUGUUAAAUGCUUCGUAUGAUGUUGUCUUUCGAAUGUUUUCCUCAAAGAGUGGAAAGAGCCAGGAGGUUAUAAAACCAUCCCAAACCAUCAUAAAACCAUCAAAAAUGUUUCAUCCCUCUACUGUUGGGGCCUCUAGGGAAGGCUUUCUAAUCCUGUUCUGUUGCAGUUACAGAAAAUCUAGUCGUUUGCCCCAGUUGUUUAAUAAUAAAAUAUUAAAUUUAUUUCCCAAGGGAAAUACUCAGUUUUCUAUUGAAAAUUGCUCUUUUUGUAAGUAAUUCUCUGUCCAGUAUUACUUCAGGCAGGUACCACCCAGUGGUCUUUAGUUACUUAGAAGUGAUCACAUGUUUCCCAGGGUUAACACUAUCCAUUUUGUCAUUAAAAAUAUAUAACUUGUUUGCUAAUGAGAAUUACUUUAUUAUGAGAAGGAGAUGGUAGUACCUCUGAAUUUUUCUGUAGAGAGAAAAUAAAGACUCUUGUGAAAUUUUGUCCUCA